CAUAUUUAAGAUAACGACGCUUUAUGUCCGACAACUAGGCCAGUCUUCUAGCUGAUACGUGAGAUAAACAAGUAAAGCCAUCUUACAAACACAUCAUUGUUUAAAACCACUGCUUGAUCGGAUUUCAAAACUUUUGUGCAUAAAAACGGAUAAAGAAAACAACAGAAUGCCCGUGUUUCCCGCGUAUCUGACACCACAACAGGAAGAUGAGCUCCGCAAGAUCGCCAACGCCAUCGUCGUUCCAGGAAAGGGUAUCCUUGCCGCCGACGAGUCCACAGGAACAAUCGGAAAGCGGUUCGUAGGGAUCGGUGUGGACAACACGGAGGAGAACCGACGGCGAUACAGGGAACUUUUGUUCAGCGCGGACGCCGCCGUGGCCGACAACAUCAGCGGUGUGAUCCUCUUUCACGAGACGCUCUACCAGAAAGCCAAGGACGGCACGCCUUUCCCCAAGCUGCUGGCGUCGAAGGGAAUUAUCCCUGGGAUCAAGGUUGACAAAGGCGUGGUGCCGCUGGCGGGGACGGACGGGGAGUCAACCACGCAAGGUUUGGACGGGCUUGCGGAGCGAUGUGCCCAGUACAAGAAAGACGGAGCCCAAUUUGCCAAGUGGCGGUGUGUACUGAAGAUCUCGGAACACACGCCCACAUAUCAGGCCAUGAUGGAGAACGCUAAUGUCCUCGCAAGAUACGCAUCCAUCUGUCAACAGAAUGGUCUGGUGCCUAUCGUAGAACCGGAAGUGUUGUGUGACGGUGAACAUGAUCUCUACACCGCGCAGACGGUCACAGAACAGGUACUAGCGUUCACAUACAAGGCGUUGUCGGACCACCAUGUGUUCCUGGAGGGGACACUUCUCAAACCCAACAUGGUGACGGCCGGUCAGAGCUGCAAGCAGAAAUUCAGCGCCGAGGAGAACGCACGCGCCACCGUCCAAGCGCUCAGCCGCGCCGUCCCUCCGGCCAUGCCAGGUGUUGUGUUCCUGUCUGGGGGCCAAUCCGAGGAAGAUUCAACGUUGAACCUGAAUGCCAUCAACACGUGCACAGCGGCACCAAAGCCUUGGGCACUCACGUUCUCGUUCGGGCGGGCCCUGCAGGCCAGCGUGCUCAAGGCGUGGCAGGGUGACGAUAAGAACAUUGACGCUGCACAGAAGCAGUUAUGUCUUAGGGCUAAGGCUAAUGGUCUUGCGGCCUUAGGACAAUACAAGGGAGAUAUGGCGACCUCUGCCGGAGAUCAGUCACUGUUCGUCCCUAAACACCAGUAUUAGACGACCAACAGAUCGCCGCCGGGUGUGAUCAAAACCACCAACAAAUGACCACGAUCGUGGACUAAUAACUCUUUUUUAUGAACCACUCUCUAGUAGACGACUGCAUAUUUAUCACUUGGCCAACCGCACUCUCCAGCUGUCAAAAAUCCAGAAAUUACCAGCCGAUUUGUCAGAUACUAAUUUCACUACGUAAUUUAUAUUCGCGCUGAACAUUAUUUACUUGUCAUCAUGAACAAUCGUUAUACUGGUGUCUUUGCAUACAUUUUUUAUGAUUUACUUUUACAUUACAAUGGAAUUUGGUUUUAAUGUAGAUUUUUAUUGCACUCAUUACGUAUAUGUCGAUGCCAUGGAUGUAAAUAUUGAACUCUCGUAGAGUUUUUUUCAUAUAAUAGGAUGCUGUUUGUAGUCUAUGCUGUUUGUGUCUUACAAUUGUAGUAUAUGCUGUUUGUGUCUUGAAAUUGUAGUCUAUGCUAUUUGUGUCUUGAAUAAAAGUGUAUGUCGUU